AUGGCUUUUGUGGGCAAAUUCCAGAUGAUGUCAGAUUUAGGAGGGCCAAGGAGAGAAUUCUUAAAAUUUCUGAUGGACAACAUUGCCAGGUCACCCAUGUUUGAGGGUAAGGAAAACAGAAAGAACUUGACGCUUUACAGUACAGCUCUCAGAGGGGACUGGUACUACUUUGCUGGGAGAGCCACUGCAGUGAGCUUGGUACAUGGCGGUCCACCACCAAACUUCCUUUCCCCAGUACUAUUUAGUCUUUUGGUCAAUGGUUCAGCAAAUCCAAAUGUUGAAGAUAUAGCUGACACCCAACUCAUGGAUAAAGUAAAAAAGGUAUCUGAAAGUACAACGCUUGAUGACCUCGAGAAGUCAAAUAAAUCCUUUGCUCGACUACUUGGCCAAUGCGGAUGUUUGAGGCCUAUGCAGUCAAUUACAGAAAAGGCUCUGCUGGUACAUGACAUUGUCAUGUUUCAGGUCAUUCACAGGGUUCAAGGCCCAUUUCAGAGAUUUUGUGAAGGACUGAAAACUCUUGGGGUUCUUCAGCAAAUUCAACAUCCAGACGGCUUUCGUCCCCUGUUCUGCUUCGAGGCACACCAACUGACUGCUGACCAGAUGGAUGAUCUUUUCAAUAUUGGUCUCUCCCCAGAAGGGAGCAACAAGAGAGCUGCUGAGGAGAUGUUCCUUCAUCAAGGAGAUGAUGAUGCUUUUUCUCUGUUCCCUCUUGCCAACACGUGCAUUAAUUGCAUAAAGUUGCCAUUAUAUGCCUCUUACGAACUGUUUAAGGAGAAGUUCGACUUUGCAUUCGGGAACACAUAUGGGUUUGGCCGAGCAUGA